UCGAUAGUUGGCGUGUAUCCUUUGCAACCGUGGCUGCUACAGCCACAGUUUAAAUUAACUUUGGGCAUUCGUUCGACUUUCUGCCAAAUCUUUUUCUUUAAAGUCCGCGAGUGUGCAUUUAAGAGGACAAGCCAAGCCGCUGUCGGUGUUUAAUUGCAGGGCUAGCAGGCGACAACUCGAGGGCCGCCUGUGGAGACGCUAGGCGAAGGCAAAAAAAUCGGAUCAACCGACAGACAAAGCUGAACUGCGGUCGUCGCCGACAAAGUGCGCUGUGCACACGGACGACCAGAGAAUCGCUCGACCGGGCUCCUGUUCGCAAGUGUUCGGCCACAGCCAGCAUCCUGGAGAAGCAAAACAAGCGCGCCCAGCUCAUCCGGGACAAGAUGGUGUUGGCAGAGCGCAACACCACGGACGUGGUGCGUAACGGGCGUCGCUCGCGAGGUCCCAGUCCCAACACCCACACCACGGGCGGCGGCGUCACCAACAGCGCAAACAGCCUGGUGGGCAGUGGUGGAGGAGGAGGCGGCGGUGGCAACUCCGGGAACUCGGGCAACACCGGGGCCAACGAGAAGAGUACCACAGCUGUGCCGGGCGCAGGGACACCGGAGAGCUCGGACGACGACAACUCCACCAAACGCAACGGCAAGAGCAAGGCCAAACAGUCGGAGUACGAAGAGAAAAUCCGCGUGGGACGCGACUACCAGGCCGUGUGCCCGCCGCUCGUCCCCGAGGUCGAACGACGCCCCGAACAGAUGAACGAACGCGCCCUGCUCGUCUGGUCGCCCACUAAGGAGAUCCCCGACCUGAAAUUGGAGGAGUAUAUCUCGGUGGCAAAGGAGAAGUACGGCUACAACGGCGAACAGGCCCUUGGCAUGCUUUUCUGGCACAAGCACGACCUAGAGCGAGCCGUCAUGGACCUGGCCAACUUCACGCCCUUCCCGGACGAGUGGACCAUCGAGGACAAGGUGCUGUUCGAGCAGGCCUUCCAGUUUCAUGGGAAGAGCUUCCACCGCAUCCGCCAGAUGCUGCCGGACAAAUCAAUUGCCAGUCUGGUCAAGUAUUAUUACUCGUGGAAGAAGACGCGCCACCGCAGCAGCGCCAUGGAUCGCCAGGAAAAAACAAUCAAGGCGGUGGUCAAGGACGGCUCCGAGAACGGCAGCGAAGUGGGCAGCAAUGAGGAGUCUGAUAACGAUGACAAGAAGGGGCAUAGCAACAAUAGCACCACAACUAUCACUGAUGCCACCUCGAACUCAACCAACAACACCGCCACCACCACCAGCACCACCAAUUCCCCUGCAAACACCACUGCCAACACCACCAGCAAUAGCAACAGCCACAACAGCAGCAGCAACAACCACAGCGGCAACGGCAACAAUAACAAUGGGGAGGAGAACAACCAAGGCGGCGGAAGCAACAGCAGCAACAUGAGCCACAACGACCUGGACACCGAGCCGCUGUCCCUCCUCGCCGGCGGCAACGCCCCAGGCGGCGAAGAGGUGCUGGGAUUCGAUGGUGGGCCCAUCAGUGGCACCAACGGAAGCAGCAACAACGGCGAGAUCGGCGGACGCGUGGUUGUGGGCGGUUUUUGCAAGAUUUGCAACGUGGUGUGCCAUGUGCUGCACGACUCACCGCUGGGGCGCAUGUGCAAGAGUUGUCACACCCACUGGAGGCGCACGGGCAACCGACGACCCAUUUCCGGGCCGGAGGGCAAUGCUCCGCGUAGAUCCACACACAACUGCGCCGCGGCUGCCGAUCGCUCCAAACGCAAACCGCCCAAGGGGAUGUACAUCAACCACGAUGAUCUAACGGCCCUCGCUAGCUCCAAGAAUCCCUGUGUCUACUUGGCGGAACGCGAUCGCAAGAUCACAGCCCUUAUGGCCGAAAUACAGAAGAAUAGGCAGCUUAUGGAGCAGCUGGAUAAGGAGUGCGAGUCCAUCAACGUCGAGGAUGUGGUCGCCAAGCCGGCGGUGGGCAACACUUCCGAACCUGCUCAGCCACGCAUCUCCGCCCGCUGGUUGCCGGACGAGAUCCAGGUGGCUCUGCUGGCGCUCCGCGAGUACGGCAAAAACUUUCCUAUGAUUGCCAAGCUGGUAACCACCAAGACAGAGGCGCAUGUGCGUACCUUCUUUGUGAACAAUCGGCGCCGCUACAAUCUCGACCAGAUCGUUAAGGAGUACGAGGCUGGAAAGUCUGAGGAGUCGGGCCCGGAGAACGAGCAAAGCGAGCCGGCUGCCGAUGGAGCAGGAGCGGCAGCAGCAGCGGCCGCUUCAGCGACCGCAUCGGCACCCAGUGCUGGUGAUUCCACUGCCGCAUUGAGCGCGACGACCGCCAGGAAGCAGUCCACCGAGGCCGGCAACAACGGAACCGUCGUCGUCGACCCCAGCCAGGAGUCGCUGCCCAGAAAGGAGGACCACAAGAAGUCCGAGCUGGGGACGACGGCUGCGCUUAAGGGGGGUGGUGGCGAAGCCACAGAUACCCCGCCCACUGUGGCAGCCAGCGGUAGCGGCGGCUCCAGCACAGCCUCUGGCGGCACCGUUGCUGGCGGCCCCACGACCGGCAACAAGUCCACAAGCAGUGCUACAAUCACCAUUACGGACGAGUCCGACACGGCCACGAACUCGAGCAGCGAUGUGGUCGCCACUGGACUAGCCGGAGCCACCGGUUCGUCGUCUCUGUCCAGCGCAAGCUCUGCGUCCGCAUCCAAAUCCCAAGCCAGCAGCGAGGAGCCGCCGUCGGCCCUGAAGUCUAAUCCCGCGAGCGCAGUAGUGGCAUCGGGAGCUACUUCUGUGGCGGGUGCCAGCCCAGCCGCCAAUCCCUCAAGCAAGCGGGAUGGCACCGCACUGGCCAUUGUCGAGCAGCCACCAGCCAAGAAGGUCGCGCUGAGCGGCAGCACCGGCGGCACAGAGUUCCUGGGCAAGUGAGGAGGCGGAUGUGUUCACUGCCGAUAUACAUACACGCAUAAGUAUAUAUACCGGUGCAUAGGAUAGCUUGGUGUUGAUGGGCAGCCGCCAGGAAGACGUGUGAGCGCGACCGGCGGAAACACACUUCCAAGAGCCUGUCUGUCGGCAGCCUGCCGGAUUUCUUUUUUUUUUAUUGUCUAUGACUCCUGGGACGCAUUUACUAUGAAACAGCAUCACGGCUUAAUCUAGGCUCUUAGAAAUUAGUUUGUUUCUAUUUCGAGUAACAUGAAGCGACUGGCCGGUCACCCCCGAACCAAGGAUCGUAUAAACAUAAAUACUUUAAAGUUUAAACACAGAAA